CUGUAUGUUGGUCUCAUGGAUGAGUUCAACGUCGACCGAGGACAAGCAUCCUGGCCAAUUUGUCUCAUAGGAGCCGUCAGUAACCUGGCGGGUAUUGUGGCCGGGCCGGUCUGUCAGAAAUACACGGCAAAGCCACCCAUGAUUGCCGGGAGCAUCAUUAUGUGGAUUGGCAUUAUCUCCUCCAGCUUUGCACCCAACAUUCUCUGGGUGUCCAUAACACAAGGUAUUUUGUUCGGCUUUGGAGCUGGACUGGUCUUCAUGAUGCUGCCGGUGAUAAUAACCCAGUAUUUCGACAAAUACAAGGGUCUCGCAUUUGGAAUCACGUACAGUGGUUCUACAAGUUCAGCCUUCGUGUUUCCGAGACUGCUGCUCUUUUUGCGAGAGACCUACAACUUCAAGAGCAGUAUCAGGAUCUUCGGCGCCAUCCUGAUGCACGUCACAGCCGUCAGCCUCAUCCUGAAAGAACCCGAGUGGAUAAGACGGAAGCGCCAUCAGGACAAACUUGCGAGCAGGCAGCCGAAACAAAUAGUACACACCGUUGAUCAGCGAGAGCCCAAUUCUGUGAAGCCUCCAGCAAAGAAUUCACGCCCAGCCGCAGGAAGCUUGAUGCACGGACUAACCGUUCUGCAAACUCCGAUGUUCUACGUCGUUGUCGCCUCAUACAUUUUGUUUGGAUACACAUUCGACGUCUUUAUGGCUACCGUCGUUGACUUUGCCACGGACCGAGGUAGCAACGUUUCAGACGCUGUAUCACUCAUUCCGCUUUUUUCCGUAACGGACACCUUGGGAAGGCUGUGCCUGCCUGUACUGGCAGACAGGGGGUACCUCCGGCGAAGCACGUUGGCGAUGAUCAACUACACGUUAAUGGGACUGAUUCUUAUGAUACUGCCUCGAGUGGAGUCGUACACUGGACUUGUUGUCAUAUGCCUUGUCUUAGGAACCUUUAUUGGUUGUGGUGUUUCCACCUACCCAGCCCUAAUGGCCGAAUAUGUGGACCAGCAGCGUCUUCCGAUUAGCUUCGGUCUUGUGGGAACGGUGGCCGGACCACUCUUCAUACUCAAGCCCCUAUUUAUCGGGCAUUUUAGGGAUAAGAUUGGAUCCUACGAUGGCAUGUACAGGAUUCUUGCUGGGGGUCUACUUGUGCUCGGAAUUCUUUGGUCCGUGGUGGUUUGCUUCGAAAAGCGCUCACAAAGAGUUUGGAAAGUGGAGAAGGAAAGACGCUGUACAAAUCAAGUUGCCGGACACUCAUUCUACUGUCAACCGGUCUUCGCCACUGCGCAACCUUGUGAUAGUGAAGUGGACGCAUUGUCUGCUGCUCCAACAAACACUUCUGCACCAACGUGACUGCCCAGCAAU